AUUUUAAUUUGCAAGCUGAGGCCAGCAUACCGGAGGACAUAUUUGACCAACAUGAUGCCGACAUUGGUGAAGAUGCGGCUGCCCAGAUGCAAUAUGCUGAGCCUGCGGAUGACGAGGCUGACGAGUACGAGGCAGCGGAUAUUAUACUUGAAUCUCAAAGGCCCACUUCAAGGAAUUUCACUGUUUACCUAGCCAAAGAUGGCAAGACAGUCAAGAAAAAAUACCAUAACAACAACAACAACAAUAAAAACCACUACAGCUACAAAUUGAAAAACAAUAAGGAGAGCUUGCCGGCGAAGAGAGUUGCCAAUGAAGAGGAAGCAGCUACAAAAUCCACUUCCGGUGACGACAACGACAGUGCCAAGGACAACAACGGCAAGAGGAACGAUGAAGUCGACAGCGACAACGAGCGGAAUGGGAAUGGGAAUGGCUAUGGCUAUGGCUAUGGGUAUAGCAAUGGCAAUGGCUACGGGGAUGAGGACACGGGCGAGGACAAUGCAGAGGAUGGGAAGCCGAACGCGAACUUUGACAGCAAAAGUUUUGCGUAUAAAAAAUUUAAGAACAUGCACGAACAGCAAAAUCAACAGAGCCAAAAGGAGCAACAGCAGCAGACGAAGCAGCAGCAGCAGCAGCAGCAGCAGGCAAAUGCCAAUGGACCGGCCCGCCAGCAGGAGCAGCAGGAGAGGCAAUGGCAACGUGAGCAGCAGCAGCCGGCUGUGGAGCAGCUGUUUGAUUCUAUUGAAAUAUUAAAUGAACGAAAAUUUAAUAAAGCGCCCGGCCAAUCAACGUUGCUAGCCGCAGAGGAGGAUGUCGCCGGCGAGGACAUUAUGGCAAUCGGCGAUAUUGAGGACAAUUUUGGUAAUGAUAAAGUAUUGGCGGAAAACAUUAAGUCCGCAAUUGACAAUGAUGAAUCAGCGGUGUCCAAGGAGAUGAUAAUGUCGCCGGCAGAGACCAGCACCACAGCCACGCCCUCCACCAGCGCCAGCGCCAGCACCAGCACCACCCCAACCACCAGCAGCACCAGCACCACACCGGCGACAACAACAACAACAACAACAGCCCAGGCAGCACCCUCUGGCAGCUCCAGUCGGCACGAUCUGCUGGCGCCCAUUGGCCGCAAGCCGAAGCGACAUGGCAAUGGCCACAGCGCCAUGUCCUGGCCCGGCAGCAGGAGCUACGAGAAGAAGAGUUACGGCAUAGGCCGCAUUCAUGCCGCCGACUUUGAGCUAAACGCCGAGGAUGUAGGCGAGCUGCACUACUACGACGGGGAGCAGCAUUCGCGUGGCACUGAGGACGGUGCUGGUAAAGCGCCGGCCAAUUACUUGAGCAGCUAUUUGGGCCAUAUAAUAAAUGAAACCAAGCAAGAGCCGCAGGGGGAGCAGAGGACGUCGCAACUGGAAUUGGAGUCUACAUUGCGUUAUCAUCCGGAUGCUACGACAGCGUCGCCGUCGGCCUUUGAGCGCUUCAAGGCGCUGCGGCGCAGCAGUCGCCGGAACGGUCACAAGAGCCACAAGAAGCGCUACAAGGACUAUCUGAAGCACAGCAGCGCGCUGUCGGCCAAGCAGCGCAAGGAUCGGGAGCAGCACGCGCAGAAGUGGCAGCAGCAACGGCAGCUGGCUGAAAAGCAGGAGCGAGAGCAGGAAAAGGAAAGCGAACGGGAACAGCAGAAGCAGCAGCAGCGGGAGCAGCAGCAGGAGCAGGAGAAGCAGCGCGAACGAACUGAACAGGAGGCACACGCCCAUGCAUCGCCAAUCUUUGCUCUGGGCGUGCGGCCGCAGCGCAACACACCGAAACCGUUUUAUGAGGGCCAAGUGAACUACUACGACCAUCAGGAGGAGCAGCCGCUGCAGCCCCUGGGCACACAUCACACCGAAAUGGAGCGUCUGAUUGCCAGCGAUAAUGACAAUUGGUAUCGCCGCAUCAGUCCAGUGCUGCGCAACGGCAUCAAAAGCACUGAGAUGCAUAAGCAGCACCAUCAGCAGCAGCAGCAGCAUCAGGCCAACCAUCAUCAUCAUCUGAAGCAUCAUUAUCAUCAGCACCAUCAUCAUAAGCAUGCACGCCAACGUUUACCGAAUCCGUAUCAGCGCAAGGCCCCGGCUCAGCUAGCGACGGCGCCGACAACGCCGCAGCCGCCGCUGCCGCCGCCAAAGCCGCAGUUGGGCCACCAGAUCACCGAGCUGGAGCAACUGGAGCGCUACUAUGCCAAGUGGCCGCAUCUAGCGCGCGUUCAGUUCCAGGUGUACGACGAGCACUACCGCGAGGCUCACCCGGAGCUCUAUGGGGACUACGAUGCGGACGACGAUUACGAGACGGCUGCCGAGCUGGAGGAGGCGCAGCAGGAUCAUGGCGCGGAGGCCAAUCUGCCGCCGUACAUCAAGAAGUACAACCGACGCAACAAGCAGCUGCUGAACCUGCUCGAGGGCACGCUGCCGCCACCGACGGCCACACCGUUCCCGGGCAUCUGGAGCGGCUCACAGCUGCAGCCGGGCCCGCAUGAGUCGGCGCCCAUACGAGUGGACGACGAGUACGUGAAGCAGAAGCGACGUCGCUAUCAGCAGCGCUACGAGGACAUCUUUGCCCAGCAGCACAGCAGCGGCAGCUCCACCACAACUCCAGCCACGCUGUCCAGCAGCCCGGCGUCGCAGCUUAACCAGCUGCCCGAGGAGGACAAGCAAUUGGAUGAGCAUCAGCUGUCGGCUGCCGUUGAUUUCUGGCAGAGGGAAAUCGAAACAAAGGCCGGGCCCAAGUCGCCGUCGCCGCACACGUCCACCUCGAAGCCGGCCCUGUACAAGCUACCACUGUACCCGGCCAUCGCGGGCAGCUUCCUGGGCACGCCGCGCAGUCGCAGCGCCCAGUUCGUGGCGAAUGUGUCGGGCCGCGGGCAAGGCAGCUGGCAUCCUGCUCCUGCAGCAGCUCCGGUCGGUGCUAACAGCCACGUGGAUGCCCAUAAUGCGACAGCUUCACCGUUUUCGCCACUCAACUCGUUUGUCUAUCAUCGCGUGGUCGAUGGCAUUGGGGCCGCCUCCUCCUCCUCGCUCUCCUCGUCCUCGCUCAGCCGCAAGCAGCGUCUGCCCUUUGUGGCCAUCACGGAUCGGCGGCUGGAGAGCGUCGGCGCGCACAAGUUGAACGGGGAGCAGCACAAGGAGCUCGAGCAGAAUCACUUUCCAAUGCCUUAAGCCGCUCCAGCAACACGAUUACGAUUAAGAAGAAGAAGGAGAAGACGAUAAGCAAAAAACAAAGAAGAAAUACAGAUGAUGGACAACUAGUUCGACCCCAAGCGAAGCGCAUAGAAUUGGAAUCGAAUUCAAUUAAGUUCUUGUACAAGCAUAUCAAAUUUAAGAGUGGACGAGGAGGAAGGGAAUCGGGUAGAAUGGAUUUAAAAAGAUGAUAUCUAGAAUUAAGGACGGAAUGAAGAGAGAAGACAAAGAAGAAAACAGAAGCAAUUCAGACCGAUGAAUGCGACAGAACGGCAGCAGUGUAUAAAGAUAUCGGUAAUCGGGCGCAAUUAAUCGAUAACAAUCGAAUUCGCACGUAUUUCAACGUUACGUUUCGACGUGGUUCCAAACGGUUAUCCAUUGCUUACCAAACCUAAGCCUAGACAUCAAUUUGAGUAGUUGCUUUCGAACCAAAGUCUUAAGUUUCGAGCUAUGAGAAAAGAGCACUAGCUGUAAUUGGUUGUCUUUUUUUUUGUUAAUUUUAAUUUGUAUUUUUUUUAUAAGUACUCUUGCAUAUUAAACAUAAACGGCAAACGUUAUAGGCAAUUAAAAAAUAAAUAAAAUAAAAUAAUAAUAAUAAUAAUAAUAUAAAAAAAAAAUAUUGAAAAAAAAAAUGGAUAUAUAAGCUAAGAUUUUUUUUUGUGUAUGAUAGUAACUGACACAAACUACCAGAAGAAUCUCCACAGUAGAGACGCAAUUACCCCACACACACACAUACACACACACAGUGAAAUAACUGUAGUCAUAAUAUAUAUAAACUUAAAGAGCCUGAAUGUAUGCAACACAAUUUAUUCGUUUGACAAAAUAAAUUGAGAAAAAAAUGAGCGAAAACAUAUACAUGUAAUACUCAUAAUGCCCGACACUAAUCUGAUUUUGUAAUUUGGCUUUGAUUGUAGCGUGAAUAAAAUUGCUUUUUUAUCCAGCAACUAAAACUUGUUUCAACAGUUCGAACAUUUUUCAGUGCACGCAGCAUCAAAUAGGUUUCAAAAUUAAUUCAAAAGCAAAGAAACAUCAAAAGAAAAAAAAAAUUUCAAAAAAUAAAAAAAUAAAAUAUACUAAAAAAAAAAAAAAAACAAUUUAAGAAAGGCAUAUAUUUAAUCACUAAUGUUGUAUUGAAUGUACAUAGUAUAUGUAUUGUAGAAUCACAAAA